CUUGCUCUCUCCCACACCCCGGCAUCAUGGCGCGCCUCGUCGCGCUGCUGCCCUUGCUGCUGCUCGCGCUCCUCGCCGCAGUGCCGCACGCCGCACGCGCACAGGCACUCCGCUCGCCUUUUCCCUCCCGCAGCGCCAUCCUCGCCGCCGAACGCGUGACGCGCUUGCAGAACGGCACCGCAGAGGCGGCAGAUACGGGCGCGCAGUUGAGGAGGAGUGGCCGCAACGUCCUGGGCUAUGUAACGCCCUGGAAUCCGCGCGGCACCGGGCUCGUCGAGAAGUAUCGGCACAAGUUCACACACGUCGCGCCCUGCUGGCACACUGUCGAUCCGGUGCACACGCGAGCUACGACGUGGUAUGAAGUACGCGGCGAGCCGACCGAGGAAGAUGCGGCGUGGAUGAGGAGAUUGCAGCUGCCCGCCAAGAACCAGCAGGGAGAGGAGGAGGGCGAGGGCAGGGUGAAGGUGGUGCCGAGAUUUGCGCUUGACAACACAUGGACGGCAGAAUUGCUGGCCGAGCUCCUCUCCUCCGACUCCCAGCUCCGUUCCUUCGUCGACGGCAUCAUCUCCCACGUGCAAGCUCAGGGCUACGACGGUCUCGUGCUUGAAGUCGGCGCGGUAUGGGCACUGGAGCAUCUCAUCAAGGAGCUCAGUGAAGCGCUCCACGCGCACGACAAGGUGCUCGGCAUUGUUCUGCCGCCCUUUCGGCGCAUCAAGGAGGGCGAAGAGGCGGGCGACGAGGCACGCAUGAACGUCAUUGCCCUGCAGGCUUACAAGGCACUUUCCCCACUGGUGGAUCUGAUCACUAGCAUGACAUACGACUACUCGGGCAUGAAAGGCCUGGCGUAUGCCGACAUCUUUGACGUCGAUGCUCUGCCCUCAAAGAGCCCGUUGAGGCAAGAUGGAGUUCGGGUGCCAGGCCCAAACACGCCGCUCGAAUGGCUGCGCGAGAACAUUGAGAUGCUGCAGGGCACGCUGGAGGUGGACGGAGGCGCCGCCAAUGGGCUCUUCGGCCCGGGAUCAGGCGCCGGCUUUGCGGCUGCGGGCUUUGACAUGACGACAGCGCAGUAUGUCGAGCAUCAUGGCGUGCGGCAGAAACUCCUCAUGGGCUUCCCGCUGUACGGCUAUGCGUAUCCCGUGGGGUGGUUCGACAAGGAGAGCGAGUCGACGAAUGGCGUGCCCAAGAUUCCCCCACCUAGUCCGUUGGUCAGCAAGGACAACAACACGGACGCACAAGCGGCCGCAAGAGCCAAGGCAGACAAGAAGGAGGCCGACUCGCGCCUGCAGGCGGUGCUGCGCUUUGCCGGCCAGCCCUUCACCCACAGCGAGCUGAUUGCGCGUCUAGAAGACCACAAGGCUCUGAUCCGUCAAGAGCCGCAAUCGGGGGAGCAGUACAUCGACUUUGUGGCGCCGAUGCCUUCGCAUCAACAGCCCGCCGAUGUGCCGCCCGAGGCAAACGGCGGCAAGCCGUUCGCGAGCUACUACCGCGCCUACUGGCCCUCGGCCAACACGAUGGCCAUGCGUGCCGAGGUGCUGCGCGACUACGAAGAGGUGGGCGUGGCGCUGUGGGACGUGGGACAGGCGGGCGAAUGGCUGCUGGCGGAGCUGUGAGGAAUACAUAGAGUGGACGGA